AAAGAGUGAAAAAGGGCCAAAAUUCUCCACCGUCAAGUAGAAUUGAAGUGAAAGAGCCUCAGGACAUUUUAUUCUGAACUUUUGACGAAAUAUUGACAAUAAUAACAUUUAAUCAAAACAAUAAUCACCAAAAUCUCAAAAUAAUUCAAUUUUUCUGAUUUUUGAUGCGCGAAGUUUGAACGUCAAUUUAUGAAUACUUUUUUAUUCAAUUUCAACUAAAAAUCUAAUUUUUUAUCGAUAAUUUGACCACAUAUACUGACCUGAGUUCAUCUUCAAAUCGUAAAAAUUUAAUAUAAGUAAAAAGAAUUGAAUUUAAAAAGUGUUUUCGUCUUUUAGCUCUUCUUUUGCUUCUUUUUGCCUUUUACUACGGUCCAGCGCUUGUUCUUAGUAGUUCAUCAGCUGUUUUUUCAGGAAUAUUUCUCAUUUCAAAUUAAAUUUGUGCUUCUUCAUUUCUUCAAGUCUUUAAAUGACUAAAAAGUAAAUUACUAUCAUGUCAUUAAACGAUUUACCUGAUAAUUGUCUUUGGAAAAUCUUAGAAAAUUUCCAUGGAGUUAAACAAUUGAUUCGUUUGUCUAAAGUUUGUUCGCGAUGGUCCGAUUUGAUUGCGCCGAAAUUUAAUCGAGUAAAAUAUCUCCAAGUGAUGAAGUAUGGAAAACGUGAUUAUAUCGACAAGAACAUUUUCUGGAUGAAUUAUGAAACAAAUUGGAGACGUUACAAUUUAAUGGAAUUGUUUCCAAAUCUAAAGAUUAUAGAAGUUUCAUCUUAUAAUUUUUAUCUCUUUGGUAAUUUAUCUAAAAUUCUCAAAAAUAAUCCACAAAUAAAAGGAUUGAUUAGCGAUCUCGAUUUGGAAAGAGUUGGUUACUUGGAAAAUAUCGAAAUGUGCGCUGCAGUGUUUCAGAACCAAUUCAAUUAUAAAUAUGUUUUUCGCCCUGACCUGUUGAAACAAAUUCGCUGCUACUGUUUUGAUAUGAUUGAUCUUCCUUCAUUCAUUGAAUAUUUUCCGAAUUUGAAGCGACUUAACAUACAACUCGCUGAAACGGACGGAGUUUUUUACAAUGGACCAAAUUUGUCUUCGUUAAAGAUUCUUGAACUUGGUACAUACGAUUUCGUUGAACAAUUCACCGGAUUUCAUUUUAUGGAUUUUUGUCCCUCUUUGGAAAGCGCUUUCAUCUUAUAUUGGGCAGAGGUUAUUCAUGUAGAUGAAUCGAUAAAGAAUUACAAUCUGAGAGAUUUGGUUAUCGAAAGUCGUUCUGGUUGUUUUUCGUGGCCAUCACUUCGAAGACUUUUGUCCAAAUUUCCUAAUUUACAUCAUCUUGGGAUGAGAUAUGUUGAUGCGAUUAAUGAUAAUGACUUAGAAGAAUUGAUAAAAUUAUUACCUGAGUUGAAGAUAUUGGACUUACGGAAAUGUGAGAACGUGACGAAUAAAUCAGCUGAUUUUCUGUCCAAAUAUUAUGUCAAAGAGAAGAAAUCAAUCAAAAUCUAUUACGAUUGUAAAAAUGAACCCGCCGAAUGGCCUAAGUUGUACACUCCUCAAGAAUCAAUUGUCUACGGAUUUGACUUCAUGAAACAUUGUUUUUAUAAAUCUAUUUUAUCUCUUCCAGUUCUCAUUGAUGAAUAAAAUCGAAACUUUUAUAACACAAAGUUUA